AAGAGGAAAACAAAGAUGGCAGCCCCUAUCCUUCUCUCAAGUGCCCGGGCCUCUCAUCGUUGUACGCUCUACCUGCCUUCUAAGUUUGAAGUUUCGUCCCUUUUCCGGUAUUCGGUACCAUGUGUGUCCCAGCAGCUUCGUUGGAAGAGUGAAACUCAUGAAAAUAAAGAAGGAAAGAUCCCAUCUAGGGAGGAGGUGAAACGAGAUUUAUUUGAGAAUCUCUUGGCAGAAUAUCAUGUAGCACCAACUCAACCCCAUAAGGGACAGAUAUAUGACAAGAAGCCAUUCAAGUUUCCUGUUCAAGAGGGCAAGAUCUACAUCUGGUGUGCCUGUGGGCAUAGCAAAUCUCAGCCAUUCUGUGAUAAAUCCCACCACUUCCCUCACUUGAAAGUGAAAGUUCAACCAGUUUUGUACAAGGCUCCCAAGAGUAGAGACAUUUGGUUCUGCAACUGCAAGCAAACACAACAUCCUCCUUUCUGUGAUGGAACUCAUAAAUCUCUUGAUGUGGAAGAAGUUGUGAAGUCAUAAACCUGAAAAUGCUUAUCACAACUUCCCCAGAAUGCUGUUUCAUGGGUCAUGAGAAAGUGGGGAAAGCCAUUGUGGGAAGGAAUACUGCCUUGCUUGAGCAUGGUGCUCUUAGUGUAGUCCAUUUUGUGAUAUUGUUUUGUUAUUUGUCACUUAUUUGAGUGAGAUGCCAUGAACCCAACAAUAAAUUGUUUUUGCUUUUACUUGUGAGAAAACUCGUGCAUGUUAAAAAAAUCACUCAGAAAUAUUGUGAAAUAGGGAUGGAUAUCUUGUGAUGGAGCUGAUGCUGGGAUUUUCAUAAUGAAACCUUUUGUUUUCGUCACCAA